AAUCAAAUAGCUACAUAUUUCUUGGUAUGACCAUCUUAAAAUAAUUCCAUAUGUUAGUUUAGUAGUAGUCUGGCGUUGGCAUAUCUCCAAAGUCACAUAGCUGCCAUGCCUCUCUUGGAGGUCUGGAUAAUUUUGAAUGGCAAAAACGGUUUGAAUGGUCCGCUGGCUCCCAGCAACAAGAUUUUGAUUGGAUGUUACAUUUCAAGAACCCUCCCACACAUGUAUGUUGGUGGUAAAUCACAGAAAAUAGAUGUGGAAGCUGCAGAGAAGUAUUUGAUCAUAUGAGAUUUGACUUUAGUGGUGGUGUCCCGUCCUUCCAGGCCGUUGGCAUGGUGCAGGAGCAGAUGGGGUCAAAGUAGUGGAAUGGGGUAGUGGGUUUUUAAAUGAGUGUAAGGUUAGUUGGACUUUUUCUUUUCUUUUCACCUUUUCCCAUUUUGUUUCACGAAGCAUCAUGGAUUUAAAUAAUAGUCCAGUUGGAGGCGGUAAUACAACAUUUUGGAUUCCAACCGCCGUUAAACUCCAAAGAAGAAGAAGAAUGACGUCUGUUGGUGCUAUGUUCAUCACUGUUUUCAGACCAGGAAGGACACAUUUGACCUUAUGCUAGUUUGCAACAUUGCAGAAAAAAAACGUAAUUCUGUUUUGUCAGAAGUGUGCUCUAUACACAAAAUCGACAUACAUUUUAAUCGGCGAUUUCCCUGCCAUCCUCAACAUAGACUUAAAAAUAAUCCUCACGCGCUGUUGCAGACCGCCCCUGUGUGUACAAUUCAUUAUCAAGUAGAACAGACAACCAGCAGGCUCUCGACCUCGUAGGGUAAGAGUUGAAUCCCCCUGUCCUAGUGAGUAAUCCCAACCCUACUUUUUACUUUGGCACCUAGAAUAGUGGACUUUUAUUUUGAAAGAUUCCGAAACGGCGUUACCCGGAACUACUUUUUAGUGUUACUGCCGAGACGCUAGCAUUUUCCAUUCGUCGAGUCGGGGAUGUUAGCCGCAAUGUGUCUACAGUGUAUUUGCAUUUUUUAUUAGCUAAUUAUCAACUUAACAGAAGUAACGUUUUUGAAGCAGUGAAUGGCCAUAUAGCGUCGAAGAGUGAAUUAGCCAACUCCAACCGGUAUUUGAGAGGAGAACCCUUCUGUCAUGUUUGGGAGAGAGGCGGAGGUCAGGCGCGCGGGUUGUCAACAAUGUCCAGCUGAAAAAACGCUGCUGGGUCCCCAACUUUCUCGUUAAGACAAAGCUGAAUCAUGCCGGGGAAGUUGAAAGCUAAGAUCGUGGCAGGGCGCCACUUACCAGUCAUGGACAGAGCCAGCGACCUCACUGAUGCCUUCGUAGAGGUCAAGUUUGGCAACACAACUUUCAAAACAGACGUCUUCCCCAAGUCCCUUAACCCACAGUGGAACUCAGAGUGGUUCAAAUUUGAGGUGGAUGAUGAGGACUUGCAGGAUGAGCCAUUACAAAUCACAGUGUUGGACCAUGACACUUACAGUGCCAACGAUGCAAUAGGGAAGGUCUACAUUGACAUCGACCCUCUGCUGUCCUGCGAGGCUGCUACUGUCAUCUCUGGAUGGUUCCCCAUCUACGACACUAUACACGGUAUCAGAGGGGAGAUUUAUGUUCUGGUGAAGGUGGACCUCUUCAAUGACCUGAACCGCUUCAGACAGUCCUCCUGUGGUGUCAAGUUCUUUUGUACAACGUCCAUCCCGAGGUGUUACCGCGUGGCGCUGGUCCAUGGCUUUGUUGAGGAGCUGGUGGUGAACGAGGACCCAGAGUACCAGUGGAUUGACCGCAUCAGAACCCCCAGAGCUUCUAACGAGGCCCGCCAGAGACUCAUCUCUCUCAUGUCUGGUGAGCUGCAGAGGAAGAUAGGUCUGAAGGUGUUGGAGAUGGGUGGUAAUGCGGUGGUGGGGUACCUGCAGUGCUUUGAUCUGGAGGGAGAGUCAGGUCUGGUGGUCCGAGCCAUCGGCACCGCCUGCACUCUGGACAAACUCAGCCCUGGGACUGCUCCAAACACCACCACACAUACCAACACACAUACACUCCCCAACACUGCCCCCACAUCCAAUGCCUGCAACUCCCCCUCCAAGGACAGCAAAGAGCCCGUGUUCAGUGAGGACCCCCCCCCCCCCCUCUCCGUCCCACCCACGCCUCUCAGAACCCUCCCUUCCUCCUCCUCUCCUCCUCCCUUCUCUCCAUCCAAGCCAUGCAGUCGCCAGUCCUCCUCCUCAGACACAGACCUCAGUCUGACACCCAAGAUGGUGACCUCCUCCCCAGAGAGAUUUGUGUCUCGUCCUGGGAUCUUCCUCUGUCCCAGUUCCCCAGCCCUCUCCUCCGAUUCCCCGUCCUUUCCUCCCUCUGGGCUAAUCCUGUGCAGCAUUGGGUCUGCCCUCAUAACCUACACCCCACCCCCUCUCCCCUCUCUCCAAUCAGAGGGGUCCGUGUUGAGAAAGAGUGUAUCAUUCAGUGAAGAGCUGAUGCUGGCGUCCUCCGGGACGGGGAGUGUGGGCAGCGUUGGAAAAGAGGUGGGGCCUCUGAAGACCCUCCUCAGACAGCAUACCCAAUCAGCUCUGGUGCAGAGGGAGUUCCCCUUCUUCACGUUGACCUGUUUCCCCCCUGGCUUCUUGGUUCACGUCGGGGGAGUGGUCAGCACCCGCUCGGUCAAGCUGCUUGACCGCAUACACAACCCCGACGAGCCGGAGACGAGGGACGCGUGGUGGGAGGAGAUUCGUCAGGAGAUCAAGUCUCAUGCCAAAGCCCUGGGUUGCCACGCUGUUGUGGGAUACAGCGAGAGCACCAGCAUCUGUGAGGAGGUGUGUAUCCUGUCUGCAUCUGGCACGGCAGCCAUGUUGAAUCCCAGAUUCAUGCGUGAGGGCUGUCUGGACACUGGCGGCAGCGACCACAGGUUGUCACGGCAACCGCACCCCAGCAUGGUGGGGUCGGAGAGGGGCGAUGGGGAAGUUAGCUCAACUUGGCUGGGGUUUGAGGAUGCGUCGCCCCCUAGCUGCGGGUUUUGUCACAUCCCGUAUGAUGAGUUCAACAUGCCGUUCCCAGCUCAGCUCACAUACUGCUACCACUGUAGGAGACAGAAGGUCCCUGACGUGCUCUUUACUACCAUAGACCUACCUGCUGAGGCUGCUGUUACUGGAAAGGGCUGCCUCAUACAGGCCAGGUUGUGUCGUACGAAGAAGAAGGCCCAAGGGGAGGUGAACGCUACAGCCAUCUCUAACCUCCUCCCCUUCAUGGAGUAUGAGCUCCACACCCAGCUGAUGAACAAACUCAAGCUGCGCUCCAUGAACGCUCUGUUUGGACUCCGCAUUCAGAUCAGUGUGGGAGAAAACAUGCUCCUGGGACUAGCUUCUGCAACAGGCGUGUACUUGUCAGCGCUGCCAGCUCCAGGUGGUAUCCAGAUAGCUAGUAAGACCCCCAGUGACCUGAGCUACGACCAACACAUCUCCACCAUGCAGAAACGCAUCAAUGACACCAUCGCCAAGAACAAGGAGCUCUACAACAUACACCCCCCGAAGUUAUUUACGUUGGACCCUGAGGCAUUCACCAGCCUGAAUACGGAGUGUAUUGAGGAGGUGGUGGGGUCUCCUAUCCCUGACAGACAGCGGUCCAGCAGACUGUUCAGGUCUACCUCUGAGAGUUCAGACGAGCUGUCAGAACUAGACCUUUCCCACGGCAAGAAGGAUGCCUUCGUACUGGAGAUUGAUGACACUGAUGCAGUAGAGGACAUCCAAUCCCUACUCACUGAUGCCCCCAUACCUGCAGGGUUCUACAGCUGUAACACGGAGGUCAUGCCUGGGAUUUACAACUGGACUUCAGGACUACAGAUGUUUACGUCUGUCCGGGUCUACAGACUCAGUAAUGCCAAUCUGACCAACCAGGGCCUAAACAAGAUCUUCACUGACCUCUGUGAGAACUUGCUCAAAAGUCUAUACUUUAAGCUGCGUUCCAUGAUCCCCUGCUGUCUAUGCCAUCUCAACUUCACUGUAGCCGUACCAGAGGAAGAACUCAUACAGGUGGCGGUGACAGCCGUAGCCAUGAGUUUUGACAAGGAGACUCAGCAGGCAGUCACCAAGGGGAGUGGUGAGAAUGAGGAGCAGCUACAGUUUUCUAUGGAGCUGUGUGGAGAGUCAACGUCCUCCAACAACCAGCCUACAGCCAAACCUUCAGGUGUUCCUGAGAGUGUCAUGGUCCACUCCUCGUCUCGAGGUAAGCCCCAUCCCACCCCCUCCCGGCUGCCAUGGCUACCACGGUCCUGUUUUAAGUUCUCAUCCUUUUGUUCUCCUGCUCCGCCCCCAACCUCAUCCUUUAUUUAUUGUAUUUUUUUGUCCCAUGUUCUUUUCUUUAUGUGUGUCUGUAUUAUGCAUUAUGUUAUGUUGUGUGUAUGCGGUUUUCGGUACUUGUGUGCGCACGCGCAUAUAUGCGGUGUGGAUGUUGUGUUCUCUCUCUCUGUUUGUGUGUGUGUGUGCAUGUAUGCGGUGUGUGUGUGUGUGUAUUUUUCUCCAGCUCCCUCGGUUGAUUACGGUUCCUUUGCAGACAGAUGCAGCACCUGGCUAGAGCUGCUUAGGCUGAAAGCUCACACCAUAAGACGAGGAUCAGUUAAGACAAUCUCGUCUUCAGAGCGCUGCAGUCCUCUCCCAGAGGGGCGGUCCCGGUCUCUACGCUCCACCAGGUCGUUGCCGUGCAGUGCCCCUGUUACCGUGGUGAAGAUGACUCCUCUGUCCUUCCUUCCCGGGACGCGCAUUGUGAAAUACUUGGGAAUCAUCAACAUGUUCUUCAUUAGGGAGACCACAUCACUACGAGAGGAGGGGGGUGUAAGUGGGUUCCUCCAUUCCUUCAUAGCGGAGGUGUUUGCCAUGGUCCGUGCCCAUGUUGCAGCUCUGGGGGGCAACGCCUUAGUGUCAUACAGCAUGAAGGAGUGUGUCUUCAUGGAAAACCCCAACAAGAACCAGGCUCAGUGUCUGAUUAAUGUUAGUGGUGAUGCUGUUAUCUUCAUCAGAGAAUCAGACCAAGAGGCCAUACCCCCUCUGUUGACCAGCAGACAGACCAGCAGCACUGGGGCUGAUGGGACCACAUGACACACACACACACACACACACACACUUGAGUCUAGCCAUCCAAAUAAUCGGGAUUUGUGUCUGCCUUAAACAGAUGGACGUCAUAAGGUUAGGUAAGACCCCAAAAGUUACACAUGCAAACAAACACGCAGAGGUAAUGGAGAAAUUGUCUCUUAAUUGUCCAUUGAGGUUCUCUACAGAAGCCAUUUAGAGAGGCAGUCUGUCAUGUCGCUGUCUCUCUGUCUGUUUGUGAUAUUAUAGACAUUCCAAAACAUGGUGAAGCUUUAUGCAGCUAAAAGACCGAUCCUUCUCCAUCCAGUCUCAGCAGUCACUAGCCAGCCAUGCUAGAGUGGACAGGGUAUUCAUUAGUGGACAGCCAUGGGAGAGAGGACAGGGAAGUUACUAGAUGACCAUGUUAGAGAGUACCAUACUCAGUACAGGGUAGUAACUACUGUAGAUGGCCAUGAUAGAGAUUGUAGAAAUAAAAGUAUUUUAAUUGUCUGUCAGACUAUUUUUUGGCCAACACACACACACAUACACACACACACACACACACACACACCCACCCUGUGGACAGCCUCCUGCCAUACUCCUGGCUGUCCUGACUGCAGCCUUCCAGGUCUCCAUACUACUGAACUCUCCUGUCUUUAACAAUCAUGUAAAUGCUGGAAAACAAACUAAUUGCGAUGACACAUUUUUGUUCAUUGUUUAUAUGCCACUUUUGUUUGUGUAAAUGUGCUCUACUAUCAGAUUUGAGUAUUUUUAUAAUGUAAAAUGAUAUUUGUGGAGUCUAAUUUUGCAUGUCUAAUGAAAUCCUGGAAGUUUGAUUUAUACGGUAUAAGAGAAGUAAGGGUACGGUGAUCUGUUCUACUGUUAAUUAAUAUAACCUGUCUCUUUUGCUGUAAGACUUGAAUGUACAUACAUACAUAGGUUGUGUUGCUUAGUGUCUGCAUGUAUCUAUUAUUGCCAUGACUGUCUGUUUGCUCGUUGCCUGAGAUAAUCAGUCCUUCACAAUAAACUAAACUAGUCCUGUUGACUAGUUACCUUAUUCCUA